AUGUCCUCUGCAGGGGGACAGUCACCCAUCUCGCCGGUCACCGCAGCCCACGAACGGUGGUUCGGCAAGUGUACUAUAGACCAAUUAAAGGACAUUGCCCGGCACUUUCGGCUACGGGUAGGAGGUAGAAAGCAAGAGCUGAUAGACCGCCUUGUCAAAUAUGUUAUAGAGAAUCCACAUGCUUGGCAGGAGCUCCAACGUACAGGGGGUAAUUCAGUGUUCGGUCGGGCGCAAGGGGACUACUAUGGCGAGUCGAGUGCCGUUAGGGGGGAUAUGUACUUUAGUCAUGCUGAGAAUGCGGCUAGGACAUUUGGGGCGACUCCGUCCUCGGGCACGACAAAUAGAAGUGGCGGGCUCCCUGGGCACAUGGUGAAGGACCCCGACUUGGAAGAAGUGUUUGAAGCGAUGGAUCCUUUUUGGGAGGCAGCACCUCCAGCGGUCAAUAGUCGGGCGGUGUUGGGGAUGUGGAGGCUGAGUUAUGGGAAGUUCUUUGCCGAGCUUAACGCUAAGCAUGUGAAGGAAUGGCGACGACAAGGGGCGCGGGUGUUCGCCCGGAUGAUACGCUGUCCUGCGAGGAGCCGCAUGAAGCUGUCGAGUGAGCGAAUAACGCACCAGUGGCCGUAUACUCUAGAAGUGCGGAUUAAUAAUAGUGAGGCAGUGAAGAUCGACCCUCCGAAGCACCUCAAAGUGCGCAGGGAUGAGCCUAUUGACAUCACCGCCUGCCUCAGCUCGCACGAGGAGGUGAAUAGAAUAGUGGUAGGGGGCGGUAGUAAACCCGAGGAGUUCGUUCUGGCGUUCGUACUUUGUAUUAGACGAACCGCUGAGGACCUAGUGAAGUCGGUGCCAAUCCUGAGCAGUGUAGAGUGCCGGGAGAGGAUCAGGCGAGUUCUAAAUAGGGAGGGUCUGCAUGAUGACGAGGAUGUGGAGAUAGAGGGGAGUAAGGAGGAGAAGGAGGGCAACACUAGGGUGUUGCCUUUGACGUGUCCAUUGUCGAUGUGCCCGAUGGUAGCACCGGCUAGAGGGAAGCUGUGCACGCAUAUGCAGUGUUUUGAUUUGGAGAUGUUUAUUGGAACUCAACCGAAGAUGUCGGCAUUUAACAACCGGUGGAAGUGCGGUGUGUGUUCUCGUGUGGUGAGGCCAGAGGACUUGGUCGUGGAUGGUUUUGUGUUGGAGGUCAUCAAGGCGACUUCGGAUGCAUCUGGACGGCCGACCUGUGAUUCGGUCCAUCUUGAUAAGAGGACGCUGGAUUGGUCGGUGGAUCCAUCGGACUAUGCAUCGGGUAGUGGGGAGGAGAGUGAGGGAGAGGGCGCAGGAGGAGGAGGAGGACUAUCUAAUACGAAGGAAGAGGAAGAGGAAACCUCGACGACCGUGCCUGCCGAGAGUCAUGGGUCGUCAUCGCACCGUCCACGAGAGAGGGUCAUGGUGGAUUUGAUGGGAAGUUCCUCCUCCUCUUCCUCGAGCGACGAUGAGGCUCCCUUGUUGCCAAAGCCGCGAUAUCCGUUACUGUCGGACUCGUAUCGAGCUCCUAUUGGUGGAGUGAUGCAGCAUGGGUCGCCACCUUCGGUUGAAGAUAUCAUUGCUAGUCGUUUGAAAGAAGGCAGUGGGGGACCGUCCUCGUCUUCGACCUCUGCCUCGUUGGGAAAGGACUGGUAUAUGGAAGAGUAUCCUAUUAUCCCUCCAACUACAGCGAACGGCGUGCCGCCCCCCUCUGGGAUGAUGGAUGGUCAUCGUUAUCUGUCUAGUGGAGUGUUGCCGUCCUCAAGGAGAGGGGACCAGCAACAGUAUAGCGAAGCGUUGCUGAGGCAAGCGUAUAGGCCUUAUGAGGAGAGGGAGAGGGAUCGGAGUAGGAAGAGGAGGUUGAGGCUGGCCGAGAUGGAUGAAGACAGCAAGAAAUCGAGACGAAGGAAGCGUCAUGCACGGGGUGUGGUACCUCGAGGGCCUAUUGGUAAGGUCCUUGAGGGGGGACUCAUUGACCUGUGCGAUAGUGACUGAGGAGGAGGAGGAGGUUCGUGUUGCGAAUCUUGCUCACUUGCAUUUCCUCAACGGUCGUAGGAAGUCGUUGGAAUAUUGUGCAGUGGAAACUAUUUGUAUUAUUGGAAGUUCAAUAGGCGGUAACGCCAGGUACGUAAGCUCU